AGUUAUGUGAGCGUCGUGGCGUAAUCGUCGCAGAAAAAUUUUGAAAAUUGCGUCAGGCGGCCAUUGGGUUAUGUUGCAUUAGUUGUGUUGUUGCGACACAAGCAGUUAAUAGAAAGGUUUUCGGGAGUAUGGCUUUAUUUUUCUUCGUCUCGGUUUGUUGAAGGGAUUGGCCGUCGUUUGGCCUGCCCUACAACCAAAUUACAACACUUUUUCGCCGCGAAGACAUCGUUACCGAUUGCGUGUGCAAGCUGGAGAAAGUGCAACGUCAUAAGAAAUAAGCGAGACAAUCACGAAACACACAGACACAGAAAAGCUAUUUCUUCAUCGGAUCCGAAGAAACAUAAUCACUUUUAAGACACUCCACUGUUCCUGCUUAAAUGCUCUACCAUCGUCGAAGUCAUCCAUAUAAGAGAAAUGGGAAUAAAAGGACUACAAAUGAAACUAAUGUGGCCGACUUGACAGGAAAGCAAUCAAAUGUGAAAAGCAAGGAACCCCGACUUAAUGUGGCAACGAUCCGACCUCGGGCAAAAACUCAUAGCAACCCAAUUUCAAACGGACAAAAUGUACAUAAAAUCGGGCAAUAUUUGUUACUAGAUACAAACCCUGGCAGUACUUUUAGUCGCGCGAUUGAUUGUCAAAAUCGUGCUGAACUUACAUGCAAGAUUAUAGAAUCGAAAAAAUUAGGUGAUGUAUUGGCACCGUACACGCGACUUGAAUCGCACGAAAAUAUAAAUGAUAUUGUGGAUGUGAUUGUUGGCGAGAGUAAGGCAUAUUUGUUCAUGCCAAACUCAUAUGGUGAUCUACAUAGUUAUGUUAAAACGAAGAAACGAUUACGAGAAGAAGAAGCGGUUAAAUUGUUUCGACAGAUUGUGAAAGCAGUUCACAGUUGUCACGAAGCUGGCAUUGUGCUACGUGAUCUGAAAUUAAGGAAAUUUGUCUUCAAAGAUAAAGACAGAACUGAACUGAAGCUGGAGUGUUUGGAAGAUGCAUGUGUGUUCGAUGGACAGGAUGAUACGCUGGAGGAUAAACAUGGUUGUCCAGCGUAUGUGAGUCCUGAGCUCUUGCACAGUUCUGGUGGAUACUCCGGGAAACUGGCAGAUAUCUGGAGCCUUGGGGUGAUGCUGUACACAAUGCUUGUUGGCCGUUAUCCCUUUCAAGAUGUUGAACCUACGGUAAUGUUUUCAAAAAUCAGAAGAGGACUUUUCAUAGUCCCAGAAUCUUUAUCUUCAAAGGCAAAAUGCCUGAUCAAGUCGAUGAUGCGACAAGAUCCGUCCCAGCGGUUAACAGCAGAGGAACUUCUUGAUCACCCAUGGUUUAAGUCAACCUCUCAACCAACCAGCUUGUAUCGUUUUGACAAACGGUCACCUGACCAAACUGUGCCAAGUGUAAAUGUAGAUGAAUCUUAUUUUGUGCCUGUGAAGGGUCGUACCGUUGUGUAGCAUAAUAAUAGCUGUUGCUUAGUAGAAGUUAGAAAUUUGCAAGUUACAUGUCAGAAAAAUUCUUUACCACUAGUCUGCAUGGCUGAUGAGCUACUACGAGCUCUACUUUCAAACAGACUGUCACACCUUUAGUUUUAUGCUUCAAUGACGCUAGUUAGGUGAGUGUUUUUAGAUUGUGGUGAUUUGCUUCAUCUUAAAUUAGUUGUUCCAAUCUAUUGCUCUUGUCACUUCUGAAUUACUGUGUCAUUACUUGCAGCUUUAUGCUUGUGAUACAAUGUAUCUUCAGCUGUAUAUUAGAGCAAUAUUUUGUUUUGUGACUCUAGUAUUUUACUUUGCCAAAUACUGAGUGAUCUACUUCAGUCACUUCGCCUGACCUAAAACGUGUAAACCUAGUUUGAAUUCUUACUUAUAACUUGCAGAUUCUGAAAUUUUGUAAAUUCUGUUGUUUGUGUAUAUUAUUCAAAGUGUAAAAUAGUUGUGUAUCAGCUCACAUAUGUUUACAAAUGUAUAAAUUAUAUAAAAAAGACAAAAAUAGAUUUUUGUACAUAUUGAGCUAGUUGAACAAUGGAAGAAGGAACAUGAAUCUGGGUGCUUUAGAAAUGAUAUAGAAUUAAAAAUAUUUCAGUCAGAAUUUUUCGUCACAGUGUUUUACUUUACUGUAGCUAGUUAUAUACAUUGGAACAUGCUUGAAUUGCCAGGUUUUGAACAGGGAAUAAAAGUUGACUAUUUAUGGAGAGAUAACUUAG